AUGGUUUAUCUAUUUGACAUCCCUGCUUACUUUAUUCUCUUGCGUGAAAUGCUUGAAAUUACGAUCAUUCUUGCUGUGCUCCUAGGACUUAUUGACAAAUUUUUGCCUGAUGAUAAAGAUAUCGCCUUAAGAAAGCUACUUAAAAAACAAAUAUGGAUCGGAUCAUUAAGCGGAUUACUUGUGUCAUUGCUCAUUGGUGGUGCCUUUAUUAUUGUUUUUUAUAUUGUUGCUAAAAAUUUAUGGGAAGAAAGCGAAGCUGCAUGGGAGGGCGCCUUUUCUCUUAUUGCUUCCGUCGUUAUAACCAUAAUGGCAUUAACCAUGAUUCGCGUUCAGCAUUGGAAAGCAAAAUGGGAAAACAAACUCCAAAAUGUGACCGAAACAUACCUCGAACGACAUAAUAAAGGGAACAAGUGGGCUUUAAUAUUACUGCCUUUCACUGUCAUUUUACGUGAAGCAUUAGAAACAAUCGUUGGUUACAAUCGAGAUGCCACUGGCCUUCCUAUCCCUGUCAUUACAGGCAUUGCUACUGGCUUUGUCAUAGGAUGGCUUAUAUAUAGAGGCUCUCAUACUUUUUCUCUUACCAUAUUUUUCGUUACCACAACAGUCAAAAUAUUACUUUUACGGAGAUAUCUAUAA